AUGGAGGAUCUCAGGAAGGUGGAGGCAGACACUAAGCCUGAUAUUUCAGUUCUCAGUGAAGACUGCUUAGAAGCUUCAGCAGGUCAUCAGGAUAAAAAGGCAUCCCCAGUUAUCACCACAGAUGAAAUUUUCUGGAGAAUUAUUGGGUUUAUGAAUAAAUUAUUUUCCUUCUCACUUCAUGCAAGCCAUGAAAACAACAAAGAUAUUUACAUUGUACAUCUAGAGUCUGAUCAAGCUCAAAUUUUCUCGAAUUUUGAAGAUUUGCAUAAUUGGCACCAUUCAUUUUUGCCCUCAAACACAGACAAUUCUUCCUCUUCACAUAUAGUUUACUCAUAUCGCAACGUCCUCAAUGGCUUUGCCGCUAGGCUAAAUCCAGAAGAAGUGGCAACUUUGAAAGACAAGGAAGGGAUCAUAUCAGUCCGGCCACGACAAUUUUUUCAUGCACAAACCACUCAUAGCACAAAUUUCUUGGGCUUACACCAGAACUCAGGCUUCUGGGAAAAAUCAAACUAUGGGAAAGGUAUCAUAAUUGGACUUUUAGACAGUGGAAUAACGCCCGACCAUCCAUCCUUCCACGACGAAGGAGUGCCCCCUCCACCCGCUAGGUGGAAGGGGAAGUGUGAAUUCAACUUUCCGGCCUGUAACAACAAACUCAUUGGAGCAAGAUAUUUCCAUGAAUUUGGUAAUGGGAUGCCACUAGAUGAAAAUGGUCACGGUACACAUACUUCAAGUACUGCUGCUGGAAAUUUUGUGAAUGGGGCCAACUUUUUAGGCAUGGCUAACGGAACAGCAUCUGGUAUGGCACCGCUUGCACACGUUGCCAUGUAUAAAGUCUGCAAUGCUACUCUUACCUGUUCUGAGAGCGAUAUGUUGGCUGCGAUUGAUGCUGCAAUCGAAGAUGGGGUCGAUGUAAUAUCUAUUUCCAUUGGUAAAAAUUCUACGAAUUUUUGGUCAGAUGUUGUUGCACUGAGUGCAUUUACCGCUAUGCGAAAGGGGAUUCUCGUCAGCUGUGCAGCUGGCAAUGCAGGUCCACUACCAGGCUCUGUGGUUAAUGGAGCUCCAUGGCUUCUCACUGUUGGUGCAAGCACCACUGACAGAAAACUAAGAGUGACGAUACGCCUUGGAGAUGGAAAAGAAAUUGAUGGUGAAUCAGCAUUCCAGCCCAAAGACUUCUCCGAGACGAUGUUAACCCUGAUUUUCCCCGGAACAAAUAUCAGUGAUUGGACUGCUGCAUUUUGCAGCGCGGAGUCACUGAAGAAUAUUAAUGUCAAAGGAAAAAUUGUGUUGUGUAUGUCUGGUGGUAAGAUUACUAGAACUGAUAAGGGACAUUUUGUGAAGGAUGCUGGUGGUGCUGGAAUGAUACUCAUGAAUGGUGAAUCACAAGGGUUCACUAUCUUAGCCGAUCCACACGUUCUUCCAGCAGCACAUGUCAGCUAUGCAGAUGGAUUAAAGAUCAAAUCCUACAUCGACUCAACAUUAAACCAUCUGGCCACAUUUUUAUUCAAGGGAACCGUAAUAGGAGAUGAUCAUGCUCCAGCAGUUGCUGGCUUUUCAAGCAGAGGCCCAAACUUGGCAAGUCCUGGCAUUUUGAAACCGGAUAUUAUUGGUCCUGGUGUUAACAUUCUUGCUGCGUGGCCAAUUUCCAUUGAGAACAAUACGGAUACGAAGUCUACUUUUAAGAUUUCAUCUGGCACCUCAAUGGCUUGUCCUCACGUAUCUGGAAUUGCAACAUUAGUAAAGAGUGCACACCCCGAUUGGUCUCCAGCUGCUAUCAAAUCAGCAAUCAUGACGACUGCUGAUCUCGUGAACCUCGGCGGCAAACCAAUUGAGGAUGAAAGGGGUGUUCCUGCUGACUACUUCGCCACUGGUGCAGGCCAUGUUAAUCCGUUAAGAGCAACUAAUCCAGGCUUAAUCUAUGACAUUCAACCUGAGGAUUAUGUUCCUUACUUAUGUGGUUUAAACUACUCAAACAGAGAAGUUAGUAUCUUUGUAUUGAGAAAGGUGAACUGCUCAUCAAAAAUUCCUGAAGCAGAACUAAACUAUCCUUCUUUUUCAAUUGGACUUGGAUUAGAAGCUCAAACGUAUACGAGGACUGCGACUAAUGUUGGUGAAGCUGUCUCAUCCUAUACUGUGCAUAUUGUGCCUCCACAAGGAGUUGAUGUGAAAAUUGACCCUCCUAUAUUGAAUUUCUCCGAGUUGGACCAGAAGAAAACAUAUCAAGUAACAUUUAGCCGAUCAACUACUUCAACCAUUAACGCCACUUUGGUUCAAGGAUACUUGAGAUGGACUUCAUCCAAGCACUUCGUUAGGAGCCCAAUCAUAGUCACGUUGCAGUAG